AUAAAGGGUAGCUCUUUAAAGUCUAUAUAAAGCCACAUUUUGCUAUCACUGACGUCUCAAACCAAAAUCUCUUCUGCAUCAACCUUAUCAUUUUAUCAUAUCUACAUAGCCAAGAAGAUGAAGCUACCUUUGAUUUUUGUUAUUGCGAUUCUGCUCCUUGAGGCCUUCUUGGGGCAUUCAUUUGUUAAUAAUGCUCCAAAUUCUCCAGCCAAUAUUGAUGAAGGAAUUAAUGUAGCUGCAAUUGACAAGAAGCAUCAUCAUCAAUAUCAUCAUAAGAAAAUUAAUUGCGGCUAUGCGUGCUCGAGGAGAUGCAGAGAGUCAUCGAGAAAGAAUGUGUGUCACAGAGCAUGCUCAACUUGUUGUGCGAGGUGCCAUUGUGUUCCUCCAGGUACCUAUGGGAACAAGCAAGCAUGUCCAUGUUAUGCAAGCCUCAGAACCCAUGGAAAUAAGCCUAAGUGCCCUUGAAAGUUCAUAUAUUAUGUCUUUUAAUUUAUCUAUUUUAAUGUGCUAAUUACUUGUAAGAGAAUAAGAUCAAAGCAAAGCAUAAAGCCCUAUGUAUAUGUACUUCUUUUUAGUUUGUUCCUUUCUUUAUAUUAAAGUACUGUAUUCAAUUUGGAACUGAUUUUGGAUAUAAAAUUUACGGCAUAGUUAAUAAUUUAA